AAGCAGAAAUUUACUACAAAAUUUCGUUAAUAACGUAUGAUAUAAUUUUCACUUUUAAAAGUGAAUAAAGAUGAAUUUAAAGAAUUUUUGAAACAUACACCUUUAGGUUUUUUUAUUUUUUCCGCCUUUCUGAGGAAUUUUGUAAAAACGCAUUUUAAAUUGCCUAUUUUUCGUCACAAAAAGUGUAGGCAACUUAAAUGACUAAUAUCUCUAUGGAAUUUAUGCACCACUUCAAUUUCCCAUUUCGCGCCAUUUGAUUUGAAGAUUUCUAUGGAAACGAAUAUACAAACACAGAGUACAUGGCAUUCUGUAAUUGCAAUUAAAAGUUUUGGUUAUGGAAUGUAUGAAGUUUAUCAAGUUAUUGUUAGUUACGAAAUUGACAAAACAUGUAAAAAGUUAAAAAAAAACCUUACAAUUUAGUUUGAAAUGUAUAAUAUAUAUACAGUUAAUGUAAUAUUAUAAAUAUAUUAUAAAUCUGUAUAUUGUAAAUGGAUUCAAUAAUUAUGCUGUAAAUAAGUUAUUAACUAUUUAUAUAGAACAAAAAUUAUAAAAAUUGUAAUCAUGCACGGGUUAAGAGCUGAUCAUAAAUCUCUUGGGAUGAGCCGCUGGUUGGAAGCACUUUGGGAACCAAGUGCUGGUUUAUUUUCUCUACCAGGUGGGCUUGAUAUGUUGGAUAUAAGUGGUGAUGGAGAUGCUAGACUUAUUUGUGCUGAUCUAGGACCAGUUGGAAGCGAUUCAACAAAGAUACGAGUGUAUAAAGGAGGCGAUCAGAUAACUGAACAUAAUAUGAUAGAUCCUCCUUGUGGUAUAGUCGGUUUUUAUACAGAAAAUGGAGAACCUCGAUCAUCUGUAGUUGCUGUAGGAGCUGGAGCUAGCGUAUAUAUUUUUAAAAAUAUGAGACCUUUCUUUAAAUAUUGUCUGCCAUACAUUGAUGCCCACCCAAAAGAACGAGAGAUUUGGCAUAAAUGCGGGCUAGACGAGGAAUUAAAUGUGCUGACUCUUGCGGACGAUUUGGAGCUGUUACUAAAAGAACUUGGCGCUACAUUUCUGUCUCCUCGUACUUUGAAGUUUCUCUCUUUGGAUAAUAAUUUACGAUUGACUUUCGCAGAACAAUAUAGACGAGUGCCGCUUGUUAAAGCUAAUGCCUUAACGGCAAUUGCGAUUAUUCGCAAGGACUCAUGGAACGAUCCUGCGAGUAGCUGUCUUGUAUUAGGAACCGAGUCUGGCGAAGUUCUUGUCUUGGAUCCCAGAGCUUUUUCAGUUAUGGAUAAGCAUAAACUUGUGUGGCCACCAGUAGCAUUUGCCAGUUGUGGCUUAUGGACAGGUGAUGGUCGCAUAAUAGUCAUUGGAAGAGAUGGAAAAAUAGGAGCAAUUGGGAGAGGAAGUCCUGUGAAACUUUGGGAAAAUUUGCCCGCGCCUGCAGUAGCCAUUUCUGUCCUCGCUUCUGAAGGAGCAGCUGUAGCUGUUAUGGAUGGUACUCUAGUGGGAUUUUCAAAAAGAGGGAUAAAAUUGUGGCAUAUCAAUAUUCCCGGUAUAAUAUUAGAUCUAGUUAGCUUACCAGUACCACAAAGCGGACUGUCCCUUUUAGCUGUAAGUACAGUAGGCUAUGGAAUCCGCAUUUAUGACAGAAAACAUCACGUGGAUACAAUCAAAAUUAUGGAGCCUGUAUCUGCUCUUAAGUAUGGACGAAUGGGACAAGAGGAACGAACAAUAGCUAUGGUCACUGUCGGGGGUGGUUUAUGCAUGAAAAUUCUGAAGCGCACCGCUGACUUUAAUACGAACAAUUCAUUGUCGAAUAUGUCGUCGAGUAACAUGGCGAAGUUCUCGAUACCGAAGAAAACGCGAUUAUUUGUCGAUCAAACAAUAAGAGAAAGAGCAGAAGCAAAAAAAAUUCAUAACACAUUUCAGCAAGGCUUUCUUCGUUUACGUUUGACAACGGCCAAACAAGCAUCUGAAAAUUUAAGCGAAACUCAAGCAUCAGGUCCAAAUCCUAUCACGUUGGAGACAAAUGUUCUCGGUUUGGGACCCAAUUACAUGAUUCGUAUUAUAGUAACAAAUAUUUCUGAAGGUUUGUCUCCAACGGAAUUGUAUAUUCUCUGCAGAGCUGAGGACACUGAUGUGAAACCUCGUGUGAUAGAUUUGCCCUUGCUACCAAGUGCUGUGCCUAUACCAUUAACUAUUGCAGCAACCUUGAAAAGUCAAAUAUCAGGAAAAGUUAAAAUAUUACUUUGCAAAAAAUCUAAUCCAAAACCUUUGGUAGUAUCAACUGUAAUAUUACCAGCUGCGGAAGAAGAUUUUGAAGUCUGAAAAGCAUAAUUAUUUAAAUUAUAAUUGAGAGUGAAAUAUACAUAUGAAAUAAAUCGUAUUUUACCUAGUCAAAAUAAUAAAAAUAAUAAAAAAUAAA